GGUUGGCUGGAUGUGGAGGGGUUGGGGAUGCGGGAGGAGUGCGCAGUGGAGCGGGUAUAUAGCGAGGGGCAUCACCACCACCACGACCAUCACCACCACCACCACCACCCUCUUGCUCUGCUUCAUUGCAACGGAGGAGUUUGGCCAGACGGGUAGACGCUUGACGGAAGGACCUCUGGGCAAAGUGUGGCGGGGAGGGUUGCGCAGAAGUCAGUCGCAGCCUCUUUGUCUCGUUAAAACAAAACAAGAAAACUGCAUCACUCCGAAGAAGAAGAAGACGCAUCCCACGGCUCCUGCCUGCUCCGUUGAUGGCCACGGGCAUGCUGCUGCUGGAGGGCUGAUUGAGGACAACCUCGCCGAACAGUGUGUGUGCAGCCAGCUUGGCGGUCGCUCGCAGCAGCUGACAAGCACCCCCCCCUCCGCGCCCGCAACCCGGGUGACCGCGUGCACGAGCAGCAGGCCGUGCGGCUGGUGCAAAAGACGAUGGCCGCGUGGAAGUGCAGCCCGCGCGUGAUGCUGCUCACGAGCCUAUCGCUGGUGCUCACGCUCACCACCGUCUACAUAAAGCACACGCGCACUGAGCCGCCGCUCAGCACCAGGCUGCCCACCGCCCUCGUCACGCACAGGGUGAAGCUGGUGCCCGCGCGCAGCGGGGACGCGCUGCCGUCGCGGCGCGGGGGCCUGGGCGCCGGUGUGAAGACGUGCGCGUGCGACACCUGCGUCGCCGACUCGGGCCUCUCCGAGUGGUUCGACCAGCGCUUCAACCGAGACAUCGUGCCGCUGUGGACGCGCGAGAACGCCGACCUUCCUGACACCGUGCACCACUGGUGGGGGUCGCUACAGUCGCAAUACAAGGCGCAGGACCUGCGGACGGUGCUGAACCGUCUGUUUGAGAUCAUCCCUGGCCAGAACCCGUACCAGGACCACGGAUGGGCGCGCUGCCGCCGCUGCGCUGUCGUGGGCAACUCGGGGAACCUGCUCGGGGCCGGCGGCGGCAAGGAGAUCGACCAGCACGACUUUGUCAUGAGGAUUAACCAAGCGCCAACCCUGGGCUUUGAGACCGAUGUCGGGGCACGCACGACGCAUCACUUCAUGUACCCGGAGAGUGCCAAGAACCUGCCGGCCAAUGUCAGCUUCGUGCUUGUGCCCUUCAAGGUGCUGGACCUCAUGUGGAUCGCCAGCGCCCUGUCCGUCGGUGAUAUACGAUUUACGUACGCUCCGGUGAAACGGUUUCUCAGCGUAGACAAAGACAAGGUGCUCAUCUACAAUCCCGCCUUCUUCAAAUACAUCCACGACAGCUGGACGGAGCACCACGGCCGCUACCCCUCCACUGGCAUGGUGGCGCUUUUCUUCGCGCUGCACGUCUGCGACGAGGUGGACGUGUACGGAUUCGGCGCUGACAGCCGGGGCAACUGGCACCACUACUGGGAAAACAACCGCUACUCGGGCGAGUUCCGCAAGACGGGCGUGCACGACGCCGACCACGAGGAGAAGAUCAUCAAGCAGCUGACCGAGGCCGGCAAGAUCAGUGUACACAGGGGCAGAUGAUGCCCCCCCCCUCCACCCACCCAAAACUUCCCCUCCGCGCACCACCCUCCAAGCAUCUUGCUUUCCGCCAGACUGCAGAGUACCCAUGCGCAUCAUCUUGCGGCGGGGAGGAAUCGCGCGCCACGGGGGAAAGGACGGCCGAGCAGCAGGGAGGUGUCUUGCCUUGGUUCGCUUGCGGCCGCCUCAAGUAUCCUCCACAGACGUUUUUUUUCAAUUUGCCCGUUGGAAAAAAUUUCCGGCGUCGCAAUUUGCGUCAACUCUCAACCGCUUCCCAAGUCCCGUGAACAUGAAUGCGAAUGCACACACAUUUUUAUUUCUUCGAUCGUGUUAUCACAGGAUCCGCUGUGUGUCGAAUUCGGUCUUGUGAAGGAAGUUUUGAAGCUUGUAAAUAAGCCGGGCUCGGCGUGUUCAGAAGGCCGGCCCUGUUGGGCCCUCCUGCCUGCCGCUGUGUGAACGGAUCUCUGCUUCUGUCGAAGGCUUUGUUUUGACCAUGACUUCUCGUCCUGUAGGGAGAUCAAUAUUUUCUGGAACGCCCCUUGCUCUGUCCAAGACCUGGCAUUGUUAGAAGCUCAUAACAGGCUAUAAUGUUGGAUUAUGGUGAUACUUAUUAUUUAAAUUUAAUAAUUUUUCAACAUUUUCUAGUGGGGAAUUUGUGGGCACCAAUAAUUUGUGUGCUCAUGGUCUUCCAUUAGGAUUACAUGUCACGGUAGAUGUUUUAUUGGUUUAGUUUUUAUCAGUGUUUUCUUACCUUUUUUGCACAUUUAAAUUCUGUGAAUGAUGUUGAUUUCACUUCCACUAUCAUUUACAACUUAUUCACGACAUUUCCGUCGGUGUAGCUGUUCUAUAAAUCACCGAUCCUCACGGGCUAAGUGACCACAGGCAAUAAUCUUGAGCAUAAUCGUCGUGCGUACAUCACGAACACAAAUACAACUUUGGUAUUUGCGUAAUCGUCUGUCGCUCACGGGGGAGCACAAUGAAUCAAUCGGUCCACGUUUGUUUAUCAUAAUUGCCAACGAUGAAUUAUGUUAAGACAAUGAACAACAAUUAAGUAUUUAAGACAUUUUAAGAAACCUUUUAUCCCCCCCACCCACCCUGUAGACGCGGGAAACGUAUGAAGUAUUAUUCUGUGGUUCUUUUGGUAAAGUCACGUAGAUAGAAAAUAAAAAUAAAAUUAAAUUAAAAUUACGAAUAUAAUAUUUUAGAAAAGCAGUCUUCAUCCUGCAGUCACGAAAGUUUUAAGUCAAAAUAUGAAGGAUUGUUUAGGUGAAUUCAGUUUUCCAUGAUUUCCACCACACCCACCCGGUACAUCGCCAGUAAAAGCUUCGUUCCACACGUUACGCAGUGGAAGUUAUAUUUCUAUGGCCGAGUGUUGGGAAGGUGCCUUAAUGUGCAUGUAGCAUAGCCCAUGCGAGCCUCAAUAUAGAAGGCAGAAACGGAAAGGAAAAUAAGUUUGCUUCCCUUGACAUUUUCCAGCGUUCACUAUUUCACGUGUAUAAACCUUUGACUACAAUAAUAUUUUAUUGAUUUACUUGUUUCCGUUGGAUCAUCCAUGCAGUGGUCACCGACACGCUCCGUACGUAGACAUGGGAACAUCACUCCAGUGCCUAGCACUUGGAGAAGUUAGCUAAUGCUUUAAUUUGUUUCCAUAUGCAUUCGUUUAUUAUACACAUCUAGGCGUAGGGGCUCCCCCACCUCCUUAGAGGGGGCCAGGGAUGGAACCCCCCACCCACGUGACCUCCCCGAAGCCCACGUUCCUCGGUGUUUUAAGUUCCUUACUCGAACGAGAAGGGACACGUCUUGCGAGCUCGGCGAAAUAACUGCUUCUCGGCAGGUUUUCGUGUCGGUGACCACCGAAGAAAUCCAUAUUUAAUGUAAUUCAAAUAUUGUUUUUUUAAAAUAUGUAUAGGAUACACAUGCAUCACGUACACAGGCACACAUGUGUACAGGGUCACCUAACGUGACUUAGACAGUGCUAACCUACCACUCAACGCUGAGGUUUAAAUUAUGAAAUAUUUUGAGGUAGCGAUAAUCCAGAAGGUAUAUGACUGUUUGGUCUAGAUAUGACAUCCCUUGCAGGUGUGUUAUUUUUAUUCAGAUUUGACUUGCUUGUAGUAUGUACAGAAUGGAGGUCGAACUGCACACCUUGUGUAAGAGGUAUGGAAAUGUACAAUUUGUAUUCGUGUUCUUGAAAAUGUCAAUUCCAUGCGACGUGGUUGAGUGUAAGCAAUGUAUUAGCGAUGAGAGCGCAGAUUUGUUGUGAGUAGAGAAAGUGCUUUGAAUAAUUUGUAGUGUUUAUUUUUAUAAAAAAUGUCUUUUAUUUGUUUUAGCUAUUUUUAUUGCGUUGAUAAAAAUUUUACUCACUGUCACAUAGGUCGGAGCCAACAGUGUCACUUCGAUACAUACAUGAAUGAUUAAAAUGGCAAGCAUCCCAGAGAAAUUCCAUGCAGGAGAUGGAGCAAUGAAAUUUGGAUCGUGUACAGGUGCGAGGUGGAUUUUUUUUUUCUCCAGUGGUAUAGAAGAAUCUUAAUUGUCAAUAUUCCUAUAGUGCAAGCACCAGCUCCCAGUAACAUCGACCCCAACCAAACCUCCACUCCGCCCUAGUGGAUGAGUGGGCGGGUCAGUAGGUGGUUGGGUGAGUAAGUGGGUGGGUGAGUUGGUGGCUCAGUGAGUGAGUGGUUGAGUGUUUGGGUGGGUGAGUGCCCGGUGGAUUGUGAACAUGGCAGCAAUGUGACAGAUGGCGACGUCUCGGAGAGUCCUUCAGCCAGCGGUAGAUUGAUCACGUGGAUGGUGAAGAAUAAUGAAAAUAAUUGAUUCGAAUAAUGAAGUGGUCCAUGAAAUUUUGUUUUCCGAUAUGGAGCUCAGAGCUGCACAGUUCUUUUUAAAUCUGCACAUUGGCAAGACUUCUGCAGUGGUUUAAUAAUCACUGCCUGCCAUUUUAUGACAACGCAUGAUUAUUUUAAGUUUCGUUUCUCAAACAGCCAAAUUAGAUGUUUUAUCAGUCCCUUUCUUCCCCUGCUAAGUGCACCCAUGUGAAUGAUAAACGAAGCAGCUAUUUUGGCGAAUGACAUGGACAGUUUUGAGUCUUUAAAACAGGACGUGAAAUUACCUUUCAGUAUUUUAUUGCUUAUAUAACUUUGACCUAAAGUUAAACACAAUGCAUUUCAAAAUGUCUGUAAGCAUACUGCUUGUGAGUAAGAUCAGCUGUGCUAGCAUAUGAAGUCGUAUGUUUGUAUCAGCCAUUGCCCCUUGCCUUCCCCCAACCAGUGAAAUGUAACACACGAGAAAUAAAAUGCCCUUUCACGUGAACCUUUUUUAAACAGCUUUCCAACAUGACAGCUGUGCUGCAAGUGCACUGACUAAUAUUACCUUCAAGAUAAACUCAAGGGCUCUGUUCAAGGGUGCUGGUUUCAUGUUGAACAUCCAGUCGCUUGCAAUGUUGAAUCACAUGCAUUGUAUUAACCAAUCAGACCCCUGCAUGGGCUUUCGCGGUUGUGAUGUAUGAUGUACGUCUUCGGAUGUGUCUUCGGGUUGUACCGCAUGAUGUUCGGUACGAUGUCGAACAUUUCCAUCUACGUGCCGGGAGCUACUGCAGGAACUUAAUGGCGCAGUUUAGGUUCUGCUUCAAUUAUUUAAAGAUUCUGGCUGCCGCUGGUGUAUGAUGUAGGUCGGCCGAUGUUACUUAUUUUGAUUAUUAUUUAUUAAAUAACUUUGUCUAGCUGAGAUGAAGCGCCAGCCAUCAACUUAUAUAAUCGAGGCAACACGUGAACUUCUCCAUUCAAUUCCUUAGAAAGCUUCCUGCACAUGCAGUGAAUCGUCGGACAUUAUGCCGAACAGCAGGCGGUAUGAGUCGAUACACACCGUGGAAAUCUAUAUCAAAAUCCUAUAUGCAUCCAUAAAAGGUUUUUUGGGUUAGAUUGCGUAAAUAUAAAUGCGUAAUUAAACGCACCACCACCAUCCAACAGCCAACUCGUAAGGUUUGUCACGUAAACAAAACGUGCCAAUUGUUACUACUUCACUACACCGGUGUGUUGGAGAGUAAGCCCACAACAUUUUCAAUUCAAACUUUUAUCAUGGAAUAAGAUUGGUUGUUAAAGCCUACAUGUUAAACUCCUAAAUGCAUUUCUGCUGUUCUAAGUAUCAUUAUCUUGGGAUGACGUCAUGUGAUCAAUUAUUAUUAUGCAAAUGUGCGGCUCGUGUAGCCCUGCAGUUUGUCUUCAAGGUACAGAGGUGACAGAGAAAACCACUUUAUUUCUUUUUCCCAUCGCAUUGAACCAGUAUUCUGCUCGUGCCAGUUGUGUUGUGGAGGAAUACGAUGUCCAGUCUUUGUACGAUGUGUUUAACGUAGAGCUCCACUCGUAGCUCUGUAGCCAACAACACGAGGGUUUCAUAAGAGGGCGAAACGGUUGUGUGAUGAACAUUAAUGUUAAGAGGGAUUUCAUUGUUUAACUUCUCAAAGAUGAUGCUGUCUCGUUUUGCCAGAUUCAAUGUGACACUACAGUUUCUUUACGCAUAAGAGGUUUGUUUGGGUUAGAUCGUGUAAAUAUAUAAAUGUGUCGUUAAACCCACCAUGUAAGCAGAACAUGCCAAUUCGGUGCUAGUGUAGUGUGUUGUACGGAGGCACACACUGGAUUUGGAGGCAACACGUUUAUUUAACAACUUCCCAACAGGGUAACUCUAAACGUAACUGGUUCAACAUCUAAGUGAUAAUUCUAGAUUUGAAGCUUUCGUGACUGCAAGGAUUCAUAUUCUUAGGUUUUUUCGGUAAAGUCACGUAGGUAAAAAAUUAAACUCCUAUAUAUUAUUCAGGUGGAACCGUCACAGCACGAUAGCUGUGACGGUUCCACCUGAAGACGGAAGCUUGUGUUGCCUCCGAAACGUCGUGAUUUUUAUUUUAUUUUAAUUUACUUUUUUAAAUUUUAAUUUUUUACCUACGUGACUUUACCGAAAAAACCUAAGAAUAUCUAAGUGAUAGCUAUACGGUUAACUUUGUGAGUAGCGGAUUAACUACACAAACGGGUCAGUCAGCGUACUCGCUGCCUGACCCACGAUGCCGAGCGAAGACCGAAGACCCAGAGACGACGAGACCCCGGACCCCAGGAUGAUUCUACAGACGAGCUCCAAUCCCUGUCGGGGAUUCCCCUUUAUCCCCCAUGGCCCCGCCCUUGGCCACGCCCCACCCUUGGCCACGCCCCGUUCUGGAUCAUGCCAGAAGCUCUCGGCUCCCCGUCACGUGUCCCUCGAGCCCCCUAUGGCAGAGGUCGCAAACGGGUUUUGAUUCCUUACCCGUACCCGGCCGUACCCUACCCGUACCCGGCCGGGUAUUGGGUAGGGUACGGGUACCCGAUUGCGACCUCUGGGAUGAAGCCAUGUUGCAGGCGCGGCGGGUGGGUUGAUUCUAGGAACUUGAAUUGUGAGAAGAGACAAGACGUUGGGAAAUGAGUGACAAACGAUGACUCACCAGUGACUCACGGCCUACCCGUACCCAGCCGCACCAGGGUCGCAAACGGGUACCCGUACCCGUACCCGGCCGAGUAGCCGGGUAUCGGGUAGGGUACGGGUAUCGGGUACCAAUUGCGUCCUCUGCCCUAUGGCCCGCUUGGUGUGGUGUAGAGGGGACUCCCGACAUGCGCUUCCACUCCUGCGACAGUAGCUGGCGCUGAGCGCCAUAGUGACACCCACAAUGUCACUACACUAGUACAGCACACUGGCGUGUUGGAGAGCCAAGCCACAAUUGUAAAUGUUUUAAAUGUUGUGGCUUGGCUCUCCAACACACCGGUGUGCUGUACUAGUGACGAAUUUGCAUGUUCUGUUUACAUGGCAACCCUUACUAGUUGGCUGUGUCGGGUGGUGGUGGGUUUAACGACAUAUAUUUACGCGAAAAGAUAACCAAAAAAACUCUUAUGGACUACACUUCCUGUACUCUACAGUACUUCGAACGGCAACGUGUCGCUGAAAGAGGGCACGAGAUGAAAUAUUUGGAGUCGGACUAAUAUACACUUGGCGAAAUUGAAUUUGCGAUAGCUAUGUGAACAGAAAGAAAUUAUACAAAAUCUAAUAUAAGAGCCACUUGGUAAUGGCAUGGAAGUUUAUUAUGUAAGUCCAGGCAGUUAAAUAUUAAGAUUCCUCUGAAUUAUAUUUACACUUGGCAAAUAAUACAAAAUUACAACCAUUUAGCAAUCCACUGCUAGACGAAAGACAUCUCAUGCCGCGUUGUCACGCAUGGGGGGGUUCUUUGACCAUACUUCACCAUUUUAGUCAGCGCGGGUUGGCGAAGGGCCCAGGACCAGUUCAGAUGUCGCUCGCCGCUGGUGUUGGCCAGUGAGAGGAAUCGUUCUCCAGCUGCUGGGUUCACAGAGCAGUGCGCUAACCACUACACCAUUGGGCCACUCGCACAGUGUGCACAUGUCACAGCUAAAUUUAAAUCAUGUAAGCGAAGUCAAUAAUUGUUUUAAAUAUUUUAUUUCCGAGACUGGUAAUCCACAUCUCCAUGAAAUGAUUUAGCUUUCUGUCUUAAGAGAGACUCUUCCGGUGUCAAGUAAAUACAUUAAUUGACCGAAAUAUCGACAAGAAAACUUUCCCUUAUUUUAAAAUGAAAUUAUUUUAAAACGGACCCAGCCUGGAUGACGGGCGGUUGUUCGCAUGGGGUGAAGUAAUUUACUUAAUUCCGUAUGUUCUUGUGUCAUCUUAUGAACAUGUAAUCAACAUGACUGGUACCUGGCAAUCUCACCUAAAAUUGUGGAUAUCUGAUGUUGGUGAGACGUCAAAUUAAUCAUGGAUAAGCUUACGUCCACGUUCAAAGUUACUUUAGGAAGAGAUUUGGUUGAUGACACGUUAUGCUACCGAACGAAUGCAUAUUUUGCGUUGUUCAUUUCGAAGUAUUAGAUUUCUACGUGUGCAGACAAAUGUGUUUACAUUGUUUCAUUAGCCGCAGAUCCUGUUAAAUCGCAAUAAGUAGUGCAGGUUUUCGCAAUAGACCUCAUCCUAGGCAAUGCUGUGAAUACACUGCGCUUUAUUUUCUAGAAAGUGUUACGAGACGUAAUUGCCAAACUUGAUGAACUCAUGAAACGAAUAAACUCCGCAUUUGAGAUGCAAAUUCUCAGACUUUGCCUUUGCGAUGGAAGUAUGUCCCCUACACGGUGCGCUCACGAAUCUGCGUUGCGCACUUUGAAAUUGAUAGCGGUUAACCCGAAGCACGUCCGGCUGAGCCUCAGGUUGUUGUCGGAGAAGUUUCGUGACUGGGUUUGAGCGCGGAUGGGUGAGAGUAGUGGCUCUUCCCAACCUGGUCCACUGGUGGGCUGUAAUGUACACCUGUUCAUAUUUUAUUGUAUUUCUUUUCAGGGUAGCUAUUAAUUAAAAACACAAUAGGCUAUUGGUGGGUACAUGGGUCGUGCGUUGAGGGAUAGAUCACGAGUCCGCGGAUCCAGAGAGGUUGCGAACCGCUGGUUGAGUGGGAUGUCCCGCUACGCAACCUACACGAGCCUCCCACAGGACUGGAGACGCUGCGAUUUGAUUGAACAAUGACCUUACAUUUGUCAUGUUUUAUUGCCGUGUUGUUAUUUGAAGAGUUUUUUUUACGUCCAUCGACCCUUUAAACGAGGGUUGAAAAAUAAUAGCGCGUUGCUCAAUAUUGUUUCUUUACUGUUGGGUGGAUUCGAGGAGUUUGUGCAGCGUCCGAUGCUUCCCAUUAGCGUCCACCUCCUGUGCAGUUUCCCCUCUCAAACUUUUUGUUCACGCGCGGUUGCUUGAAAUCGUUCCACCAGAUUGACAUUGUGAUUGGCAGGAGGCCCUUCGACUCUUGGCAACCCGGAGCGCGCUUGCAGCUGUCACCAGAACGAACUUCAAUUGGACGGACGACUCGGUCCGUUUCAUCAACAGUUGAUUUCAAAUGUUUGAUUGGCAUGUGCCGCUGCUGCUGUGUUGCGUGCACUUACACUCUACUUAAAAAACAACAACUAUUGUUUGCCUUUCAACUCGACGCAUUCAUGUUUUUUUUUUAAACUGCUGGUUUAAAAAAAAAACUAUUAUGAUAAAUACGAAUGCGAUCGGAAAUAGGGCAGGCAGUACGUUUUGAGGAUGACACACUAACAAUGUAACAUCAACAACGUAAAUGUUAUACUCUUAUAAUAUAAGUAAUGGCAACAUUUUAAGCACUCAACAGAAGGAACAGUAUUAACAAACAAAAAACAUGCUGUACCUGUGAGUGUGUUUUUUCGACCUUGUAAACCACUAAAGCGUACAUGGAUAGCGAAGGGGAUAGAGAGGUUCUGUGACAUACGUAGCAGAUGCAAAACGGCAGACGCAGAUUGUUCGCUUGGUUAUUUUUUUGCGCGCGACCACAUUGAGGCCGUCAGGGUGUGCAUGUAACACGCCAGUGCAAUUGAGGCACACGCGUGCCAGAUUCAUCGCGCAGGACGCCAACUGCUGCACCUCCACUCACCACCCAUCGUUUGCAGAAUGCAGCCGUCUUCAAACCGAUUGCCAGGGGGCACAAUGCAGUGUCUUUGCAGAAUGCAGCCAUCUGCAGACCGCUGCCAAGGGGGGCAAUGCAGUGUCUUUGCAGAAUGCAGCCAUCUGCAAACCGUUGCGUUGUGUCAACUCUGAAGCUGCUGCCUGGGCUGUCACGUUGACGCACUCAAUACGUAAUGAAUAUUGUGCAAAUCUGUGGAGUAUUCAUAACAAAACAAAAACACAAUAGAUUCGUUAAUGACUCUGCCUUAAAGAGUAAAUUAUAAGUGACAUUUUGGUCAGUGGGCCUUCUUCCUCACCAAAAAAUGACAAAGAAGGGAGAGUGACUGUUGCCUGAAAUGCUGGCUACAUUUGUUCAUCUUUAGGUGGCAGUGUUAUUGACUAAUCAUUGCCAUGGGUCUGCGUUAUUGUGCUUUUAGACUACUGCCAACGCAGCAUCAUAAACAAAUAAUGUACGCACGGCCUAACCCAAACCCCAAUUUAUUAAUUCUGAUAUCGGUCAUGAAAGCCUACGUUUUGUGUUGUUUUUUUCUAGGGGGGGGGGGGGGGGGGUGGGAAUGUGUGACAUCUGGCACAGCGAAUGAAAUAGAAAAAAACCCCGAUACGACGAACUCUCUGAAUCGCGUCGUUAGCAACAAAUUGAUCCUCAUCGCUGCGCAACAAUGGGACAGGAAGGGAUCUAGCUUUGCAUGCGGCACACGUCGUAUUGAUCUUGCGCACAUUAACAUCAGCAGAAUGCCCACCGCUGCCCCCCCCUCCAUCGUCAUGGAAAAUCCCCACAAUUGGCAAUAGCACCAGUACCUGUUGUGUGCCUGCAAUGAUACUACAGCUUGAUUCGAUGCCUAAUGGCAGAGUUUGCCGUGGAGUGGCUGUUUGCAUUUUGGAGCGCACCACGAGCCGAGUCAUCCCUGCAUGGCACCUUGCCACUGGAAUAAAUGCGUGCUCGUAUAAUUAUAGGUAGCGGCCUUUCUUUUGUUAUUACUCCAGGGAUCAACGCAAUUUCACUUGCUGUACUCGUGUUACAAGCCAUGUGCCCAUUUAGACACAAUUGGAGGUUUUCAUAUUCUUUGGGUCUUUCGGUAAAGUCACGGAGAUAAGGUUGUGUUAUGAUCGUAACGUCGUAGUUUUUGGUAAUUUUUUUGUUAUUUUCUUUGAACCUAUUUACGUGACUUUACCGAAAGACCCAAAUACUAUGAAUUCCUGCAGUCACGAAAGCUUUAAGUCACGAUUGCAUUGGAGGUUUGUUUAACGAAUGCUUUAGCUUUUGAUUUCCCCUUCAUUUGGCAAAAAAAUUAAAUAAACGUUUAAUAUAAAUGUUGUACAUUUCGUAUCACGAAGAUGCUCCGGUUCAUAGACAAGUACCGUAUAGUCUGCCAGUAGAGAGCGACGUGGCUAUAUGUACCAUAAUGCCAAUUGCCUAAUUUGCGGGUUAUUUCCCAAAAUAGGGCAAAUGUGGACCAUGUUGCCACGAGGGGGUCGAUCACGUCAACUCCGAAGCAAACGGCGUGCAGCGUCAGUGUGGUUGUUACACCGGCGGUGAUCGACAGGGCUGCCUGCCGCAUUCGAAACCACGGACCUUUGCAAAGAGCGGCGACCACGUGUACCACCACGUGGCCAUGUCACUGCAAAAAGACGAAAAGUCGAUGGAGCAUUACUUAACUGCUUCACACUUUAUACUUCGUGUACAAUUUUUGUUUUUCCCUAAGCGUGCCCCUCCACCCCCCCAAGUUUCCCUCCACCCCCCCCCAUCUCCCAGAUUUAAUCUUGUAACAUUUUUAAAAUAUGUGGGUUGGCAGGCAGUAUUAGUGCAUACACGGGCAUUUUGUGUUUUGCAGUGGGAAAAUUCUCUGGAGUAAUUUUCCUUAUGCACACAUGAUCUCUACUGGCAAAAAUUAAGUUUUCUUUCUUUGAGAAGAAAAAAAGAAGGAUCUGCAAAGAUAUUUGAUUUUGAAGAUUCAUUAAAUUUUUACUCACGUGAAUAGAAUAUGAAGUUAUCGUGUGGAAUUAGGUCAUCGCAGUACUGUGUGAUGCAAAAGACAGCCGCAUCGACUUGCAUAACCAUGUGUAUCGUCACUAUGGGAACCUCAUCUGCCAGUAAACAAUUAUCAUAUUUUUUACUGGCAAAUGAGGUUCCAAUGGUGUAAAUGCUUACCCCGAGCUCUCAUACUCUGAUGGUGCAUUGUCUUUGAGUUGUGCGCCUUUUGGCGUCAUCUGGUCCAACCCAUGUGAGACUAGGCUCUAAGGAAAGCUGUCUCGGGUGUAGACCAAUCAACUUCAAAGACAGUGCACAUUAUCAGAGUUAUGUCUUUUGUUUGUAUUAUGACUGCAGGUAUUGCGGUCUAUGCAAACAUGACUCCUUGUAAAAAGGUGUCAGUUGUGUUGCCAGAUAGAAGGGUAAAAAACCAAUUAUCAUGUGUAUCGUGUUCAUUUACAAAGCAACCACUAUGACUCUGUACAGUAUUGUGCAUUUAAGUGUUAACUGAGAGCAGGGAUCGUGGGCCCGGAGGGUAAAAGUUAUUAUUUUGCACACAAGUAAAAACGUGUUUUUAAGUAAUGAAUUAAUAAAUGAUUUAAUAUAAUUCGUGUAGCCGUCUACUUUCCUGGCGAUCUUAUGAUGCAUUUUUUUUGUCUUUGAGGUUUUACAUUUCGUUUUAAUGAGUGAUGUCGGGUUUUGACAAAAAAUCGUACGAUUCUUCUCUCAUGUACAGCUCGGCUUUAAAGCUGGACAAAAAAAUAAACUCUUAGGCUUUAUCUUUCAGAAGAAGUAGUCUUUGAUUUCCAGUAGUUCAGAGAUAGAGCAUCACACGUUGCUGUGGUUGAGGAAAAUACAUCGACUGUGUUUAACUUUCCAUUGGAAACGAAAUUGAACGACAUUUUGUUGACAAUAUAUUUUCCAAAUUUAUGAAAAAGAAAUGUCUUGAAUCAUCUGACACUGCAGUUUUCUGAAAACUCACCAACAUUCUGAGAGGUUUGUUGAAAUUAUAGUUUUAAAUUCACAGUGGCAAUUCUGAGUUCCUGCAGUGACACAAUCCAUUCAGCAGAGACAUUCAGCAAAACGUGUACUGUGAUUUGCAGUGCAGCCGAUAAGCCUGAUUAUCUACGCCCGUUUGACAAAUGCAAUAAAUAAAAUGUGGCAGGUAUAGAAAUUGUGUCCAUUCAUGUCUCACUGAUUUCAAAAUUUGUAUAUGACCGUUGUGAAAUAAAAAAAAUACAGUACAAA